ACAUCUACGCAGAUAAACUUGUUAUGCCAUUACAUUGCAGGAGUUUUGCGAAAGAAUAAUAUAACAAAUCAAAGAUCAUAAAAAGUUAUCAAAAUUAUUUCUUGUGCAAUUGGGUGACAGUAUAUCUUAAUUAUGUCGCACAUUUAUUUUGAUAAAUCAGCAGUCGGCCGUUACUGAUUUUAAUGAGGUUUUUAAGAGACUGGGUCAGUUGACAAAACCUUAUCUCAAGCACUAUAUUUGGAUGGUUUAAUGGUCAUUAAGUGUCUGUGACAUUCCAGGACCUAGGACUAUAGACACACUGACGUCAGUAUGGACGCGAAGAUGUACCAGGCCGUGCAGAGUGACGAGCCGGCGACGUUACGUCGGCUGAUAGACCGUGGUGGCGAUGUAGACGAGUACUACCAAGAUAUGACUCUUAUAAGCGCUAAGUCCAUUCUCCAUAUGUGCUGUGAAAAGGGACGAUACGAAUGCGCCAAGGUUUUACUGGAGAAGGGCGCUGACGUGUUAAUCCGUGACACUUGGUACCAGACGCCGCUUAUGUACAGCAUUUUGACCCAGUACGAGAACAUAGCGGCGCUGCUGCUGGACCACAAUCCGGAAGCCAUAGAUAUCGGUGACAAGUACGGAAAGACCGCUCUGCACAUCGCGGUCGAAGGAGGCUCAGCGGAGUGCGUCCAGUUGUUGUUACGUUACGGUGCGGACGUCAACGUCACAAACAAUUACGGCGUGACACCGUUAAUAUCGGUGUGUGGGGACAAGUCGCUGGACGCUGACGUCACGCUCCAGAUCGUACAAAUGCUGCUCGCGGCCGGAGCUGAUCCCAACAUGCGGGACUACCGGGAAAACAGGAACGCGCUUCAGAGGGCGACGAUGACAAAGCACAUUCCUGUGAUAGAGGCGCUGCUGACCGCCGGCUCUGACCUCAACACGCUCGAUAGCGCGGGCAGGUGCACGGUAACCAACCUUCUCUGGUAUCAUCAUAGCAUCGACCUGGCUGGUGACGUAGAUGAUGACGUCAUGGUAAUCGUCAUCAUGCUCAUUCAGGCCGGUGCAAACCUAAAUCUUCACAAGUACGAGCAGAGCAAUGCCCUGUGCAUGGCCACGCUGUUUCGGUGUGCACCCUUAGUGAACUACUUCCUAUGUAACGGUGCUUCUCAAAAUGGGGAUUUUUGGUGCGGCGUCACGCCUUUACAAAUUGCCACACGGAACAAGGACACACGGACGGCGAAGCUACUUCUCCGGUGGCAUAGCAACCUGUACCGGAAGGGCCGCGUUGUAAGAGGCGAGUUGGACUAUACCGCCGACGUUUUUCAUCUGGCUCUUGACGUUGGCGCUUUCGAAAUAGCAAUAUUACUAGCCGACGUUGGAUAUGACCUUUCGUGUGUCUCGUAUUUAGUGGACUGGUCAAUCACGCCAACUAGUAGCUUACUACAUAACCAGGUGAUGUGUGAGUACUUCAGACAAAGAGCGACAACUGUUCAGAGUUUGUUUAGAUGGACUUUGUUGAAAAUCAGGAGUUGUAUUACGGGACAUUUGAUUGACAGAGCGACAGAACUGCCACUUCCUAGGUCUCUGAUCAGUGCUGUUCAACUGGAAGACAUUUUGACAUGAGCGCGCUUACAUAAUUCCACACAUGUUUUGACAAAUAGUUUUUCGUUACCAUUUCUAUAUCAUAUUCAUUAUUGUUUAAACUGUUGAAAUUGCACCAGUCAAUUGUAACCACGGUCCCUGGGGUCCGGGAGUAUACCGGGGAUAGCGGGGAUAGUAAAUGGGCCGUGAUUUUACCUCCCAGGUGGCCCCGCAGUGCCGAGUGAAUGCGAUGGUUUUGUUUUCGCGCCGAAAAUAGCGAGGAAUUGGCCUUACCUAGGUAUCCCGGGAAGCGGGGGCAUUUGGCGGGGAUUUUACCAGCAGUUUGUCCCACAGGGCGGGUAUUUUAUCCGGGAUUGACAGGACCGAAAGUCAAAGUCUCCGCUAUUCCCCGGACCUUGCGGAGUCGUGAUUACAAUUGUCUGGUGCAUAACUGUGAUGCAUUUUUUUCUGUUUAAUAUGAAAUGUAUUUAAUACAAAGGGUUAAAAAAUAAAGGUUUUUUUCGAAUA